GCCUUCGUAACGGCCGCCAUAUUUGCUUCCCUGGGAAAAAUAGAAAAAUUUACCUGUGGCAAAAUCAGUCAUAAUCUGGAAUAAUUACUGGACAAUUUGGAUUAAAUAACACCUAUUGCCACAGAUAAAGAAUUAUUACAAUGGCUGAUGCUGAUAAAUUAAAUAUUGAUAGCAUUAUAGCACGGCUAUUAGAAGUACGCGGCUCUAGACCAGGGAAAAAUGUACAACUUACAGAGAAUGAAAUACGAGGGCUGUGCCUAAAGUCUCGGGAAAUAUUCCUUAGUCAACCAAUCCUGCUUGAAUUAGAAGCACCUUUAAAAAUCUGUGGUGACAUUCACGGGCAAUAUUACGAUCUCUUACGUCUUUUUGAAUAUGGAGGGUUCCCACCUGAAAGCAACUACCUCUUCUUGGGAGACUACGUAGACAGAGGGAAACAAUCACUCGAGACUAUAUGCUUGCUACUCGCAUAUAAGAUCAAAUACCCAGAGAACUUUUUCUUACUUAGGGGGAAUCAUGAAUGUGCUAGUAUAAACAGAAUCUAUGGAUUUUAUGAUGAAUGUAAACGAAGGUACAACAUUAAGCUAUGGAAGACAUUUACUGACUGUUUUAACUGUUUACCAAUCGCAGCAAUCAUAGAUGAAAAAAUAUUUUGUUGCCAUGGAGGACUGAGUCCAGAUUUACAGAGCAUGGAGCAAAUUAGGCGUAUAAUGAGACCCACUGACGUCCCAGAUCAGGGUCUAUUGUGCGAUCUCCUCUGGUCUGACCCUGAUAAGGAAACUAUGGGCUGGGGCGAGAAUGACAGGGGAGUGUCAUUUACAUUUGGUGCUGAGGUCGUCGCCAAAUUCCUUCACAAACACGAUCUUGAUUUGAUAUGUAGGGCACAUCAGGUUGUUGAGGAUGGUUAUGAGUUCUUUGCCAAGAGACAGCUGGUGACAUUAUUCUCCGCACCUAACUAUUGUGGAGAGUUUGAUAAUGCUGGGGCCAUGAUGAGUGUGGAUGAAACUCUCAUGUGCUCAUUCCAGAUCCUGAAACCUGCAGACAAGAAGAAGUUCCCAUAUGGAGGACUAACAGCUGGACGCCCGGUUACUCCGCCCCGGGGCGCCGCUAAAGGCAAAGGAAAAUAGCACCAUCUGGUGGCAGCGUAAUCUAGGAAUAUAGUGUAUUCAGUGUAUCAUAUGUGUAAAAUUUGUAGAAUAAAUGUUGAGCGCUUAGUCAUGUCUGGUGCUCCAGUAGUCAGGCCUAGCAAGCCUCAGUUUGGAAAUUAGCAGACGGACAUUUGGAUUAUGGCAUAAAUCAAGUGUGAAGUGAAUGCAUUUAAGAAUGAGACUUCAUGUUUUCUAGACAUUAUAAUGAAUUAAAUGAUAAAGGAAUGAAUGUGAACAAUGACGAGAGACUGAAUUACGAGGCUAUUUUAACAUAUUCUUAUCUUAAUAUCGUCAUGACGCACAAUCAGAGCAGGGAGGUCCACCAUAACAUCAUAGGAUGUACUCAUACGCAAGAUUCAUGUGUCACCAUAUCGUAGCAUAUAUUUGUAAAUGUACAGUGAAAUCUGUAGGUGAAAUAGCCUACCUUAUAAAUCAUGGUCAGGUUUUGUAAAUAAACUUACUAUAAGCUAAGCACCUCGGUAGUCUGAUACGUUUAAUCUGAGGUGUAUGACUUGACCAUCAUACUCAUGUAGGGUAGAUGUCGCCACCAUGUCAAUAUGUCAUUAUACUGUAAAGCAGGCACCAAAUCAAAGUAAUUUACAGCAUAUACCUUGAUGAUGUUUCAAACAUAUUUGCUCUCUGUGGCUAGGGGGCAUCUCAUCAAAGAUUACAGUAAUCAACAUUUCAAUUUGAGGGAUACUUCCAUGGCGACACUAUUUGUAUUUUUCUACCCUUUUACGUUACACCUGACCUUUUAUGAAAAGGUUUGUAAAUAUUAUUUGAGUCAGUAACUUUAGUAGCAUUUUCUGCCCAUUUUUUUUUUAAGUAAGAGUUUGUAAAAUAUCUUGCCCAUUGCUAAAAAUUAUCUUUGCCGGUUACAUCAGGUUUUUCUUGAUUAUUUUUUUGGCCAAUAAUAACACAUUCUUAAAAUAUAUUGGCUUUUAGCAGGAUGUUCUUAGCCACCAACCACAUAUACAGCUGGGAUUUAUUAUUUGGCUAAUUUUAUGAAUUUUCACUGACAAUGUGUUUGUUGUGUCAUAUCAUAUUUAUAAAGCUGUACAAAUCUGCUAACUAAAACAUGAAAUUGUGAGUGUUUAUUAUUCGUGCUAUAUGUGAUGUCACAUUUAAUGUUUGUGAUGUCAUAUAUUUAUAAAUGAAUGUGAUGUCGACUUUAUACUGUGGUUUCUCGAGUCAACCUUGUGUCAUAUUUCGGGACUAAUUUUCUGUAGCAUUACCCAGUUCCCAAUUGUUGUACUUAAAAGUCAAAGGCCAAAGAGAAGUUCACUAGAUAAUGACAGCUUUCUAUCCUUUAUUUAGAGAAGUCCUCGUGUAAUUCACAUUAUCUACAAAAAUGGGGGAAAUCAACAAUUCAAGAUGAACCUAUUCUCAUGUAAAGAAUAAGUUGAAUCUAAAGGUUCAACUUUACAUAAGGAAAGGCCCAACUUGGAAUUCUGGUCAAUUUCCUCCUCAUUAUAGCACCCUUUGGGGCUAUAUUUGAAUACUAGCUAUAAAUUAAGGAAGGAGUUCCUUUUAAAAUGUCAUAGUUUUCAUGCUUUAUUAAAACAAAUUCGGGUAGCUAUAAUAAAGAAUUGAUUGAAAUAUUGUAUGGGAGUUCAGCAACUUUCAAUCUGUAAAAAGCAUGAAUGCAAUGGUGUUUUGCAAGGGUUUAUUUGACCUGUGUAUAUAUAGUUAGAGAAAUCAAUGUUGAACACUGUCUUGUACAUAUUCACUUAGCUUUCCAAUGGUGACUUUAUGAAUACUAAAUAAAUGUUUAUAUUUUAAUCUGAGGAGCGAUGUUGAGCAAAUUUUAAUGAAUUACUAGAGAUUAUGUGGAAAACAACUGUUAAGAUGUCUGAUCCCUUAUUAAGAAAAUUGAUUGUUUUUCAGUCGUUCUCAUGGAUACAUGUCAAAUGAGACAAAACUUUCAUUACGCAAGUGACAAACUUAUUUUCUGUGUAUACUAUUAGAAUUUGAAUUAUUUAAUUUUACAUUUUUGUGAGGAACUGAAAAAAACAUGUGCUCUGAAGGGUAUUAUUGCAAUGGGCACACUUCUUGUGCUUUAAAUUGUAAAUUUUAUUGUAUAUAAAAUAUAAUCACACUGUAUAACAUAUGAA